AUGAAGUUUUGCUUCUCAACAGGUCAUCUUUGGGUACAAGUCUUUGGCGUGGUUCCAGACAAGCCUCUGGAUUCUGCUGUUCUGAGCCGUAUGAAGCAAUUCUCUGAAAUGAACAAGUUCAAGAAAAUGGCUCUUAGAGUCAUUGCUGAGAGCUUGUCUGAAGAAGAAAUAGCCGGCUUGAAAGAAAUGUUUAAUAUUGGUAGAUGCCGACAAGAGUGGUCAGAUAACUUUGGAAGAAAUGAAAGCAGGACUAAAACGAAUUGGGGCGAAUCUCAAAGAAUCUGA